AUGUCCUUUGAUACAACUGAAAAUGAUGCAAUAAUUGCUCGACUUUUGUCCGAAGAUGAUGAUAUUGAACCGAGUUCAUUUAUUCCAUCGAAAAAAUUCAAAACUGAUCAUGUACAACAAACAAUAAAUAAUUCAUCGUCGACUGAAAAAACGGAUAUUCGUAAACAAAUUGAUGAAGAUAGUGAAAUGGCUAUUAUUAUACAAAUUGAAGAAAUUGUUUUACUAGAAAGUGAAAAAACCAUCGAAGUUACUGAUGCGCAAUUGGAAAAAACUCAUGCUGGUAUAACAAAUGCUUUGCAAUCGACAGAAUCAACGGAUAAUAUGACUAAAAUCUUUGGUAUGUUUGCUGCUAUACAAACUCGAUAUACUGAUUGUCAAGCGAAAAACCAAGAUUUAAUUGAUAAAAUUCAAAAAAUAUCAGUGACACUUUAUCCAACAUUAAUUUCAUUGAAAUUACCAGGAAAUACUGGUGGUUUGAAACCAUCUCCAGCAAUUCUUGCUAUUGGUCUUAUUACUAAUGUUCUUCAAGGUAAAAUCGAUUUGAAUGAAGCAAAACAACUUGUAUCGAACUUAAUAUUAAUGUGGAGUGAAUCAACUGAUUGGUGUGAAUUUUGUGAACAACUUGUUUAUAUAUUAGUAGCGAUAACAAUACCAGCAUUUGCUCAAAGAGCUAUGGGAAAAAUAAUGGAAAAAAUUUCAUCAUCGAAAUAA